AGCGGCAAGUUUGCCGGCGCCAUGCAGGUGUUGGGAUACAGCCCUGAGCUGUCUUACAACAUGGCCCUGUGCUGCUAUGCAGCCAAGCAGUACGCGCCUGCACUCAAACACAUCUCCGAUAUCAUAGAGCGUGGCAUCGACCAGCACCCAGAGCUCAGCGUGGGCAUGACCACUGAGGGCAUUGAUGUCCGCAGCGUAGGCAACACUAUGCUCCUGCACCGCACGGCCCUGGUGGAGGCCUUCAACCUCAAGGCAGCCAUUGAGUACCAACUGCACAACCUGAAAGCAGCCCAGGAGGCACUCACAGAUAUGCCGCCAAGGGCUGAAGAGGAGUUGGAUCCAGUCACGCUGCACAACCAAGCAUUAAUGAAUAUGGACAGCCAGCCCACUGAAGGAUUUGAGAAACUGCAGUUUCUUCUGCUGCAGAACCCCUGUCCACCAGAAACUUUUGGAAACUUGCUACUCCUCUACUGCAAGCAUCAGUACUAUGACCUGGCAGCUGAUGUGCUGGCAGAGAAUGCCCAUCUGACCUACAAACUGCUCACACCUUACUUGUACAACUUCUUGGAUGCCAUUAUUACUUGUCAAACUUCCCCUGAGGAGGCUUUCCACAAGCUAGAUGAUUCAGCAGGGGUGAUGACUGAGCAGCUGAGAAAACUAAUGAAGCAGGUGCAGGAAGCUAGACAAAACUGGGAUGAUGAAGCUGUAAAAAGGGCAGUUAAUGAGUAUGAUGAGACUCUAGAUAAAUAUGUACCGGUCUUGAUGGCCCAGGCUAAGAUCUACUGGGACAUGAAGAACUACGCAAUGGUAGAAAAGAUUUUCCGCAAAUCGGUGGAGUUCUGUAAUGAACAUGAGGUAUGGAAGCUCAAUGUGGCUCAUGUGCUCUUCAUGCAAGACAAUAAGUAUAAAGAGGCUAUUAGCUUCUACGAGCCAGUUGUUAAAAAGCACUACGACAACAUUCUCGAUGUUAGUGCGAUUGUGUUAGCUAACCUCUGUGUCUCCUACAUCCUGACAAGCCAGAAUGAAGAUGCAGAGGAACUGAUGAAGAAGAUCGAGCAGGGAGAAGAGCAGAUGUCCUAUAAUCGUCCUGAUAAAAAUAUCUACCAUUUCUGCAUUAUCAAUCUCGUCAUCGGGACCCUCUACUGUGUGAAGGGAAACUAUGACUUUGGCAUAACAAGGGUCAUUAAAAGCCUGGAGCCAUAUAAUAAAAAACUGAGCACUGACACAUGGUAUUAUGCCAAACGGUGUUUCCUGUCCUUGCUGGAGAACAUGUCCAAGCACAUGAUCAUGCUAUGUGACAGUGUUAUUGAAGAGUGCAUUCAGUUUCUGAAGCAAUGUGAGCUGUAUGGAAGAAACAUCCCAGCUGUCAUUGAGCAGCCCCUUGAAGAGAAGAGGUUGCACAGUGGGAAAAACACAGUUACCUACGAGGCCAGGCUUUUGAGGGCGCUGAUGUACAAGAUCACUGGGUGGACUCCCUAAACGGUGUUCCCCUAUAGCCAAAAUGAGAACUUUGUGUCUGUUCUUUUCUGAUGGUUAUAAGGUGGUGCUCA